AUGGCGGCAGACAAGGAUCUGAAGCACUUGUCGUCGCCCACCACCUGUUCGUUGAAUUUACGCUUGAUGUUCUCUCUUGUAUCUGAUAAAUCACAAUCCGCCGCCACAUCAAUGGCGGACACAAAAAAGCGGUGCCUCUACGAGAUCCUAAACGUCUCCCGCGAUUGCUCUCAAGAAGAGGUUCGAUCCGCUUAUCGCCGCCUCGCCCUCCAGCUCCACCCCGACAAGAACCCUAACGCCUCCUCGGCAGCCUUCCAGGAUCUGCAGCACGCCUAUGAGGUACUUUCCGAUCCAAGAGAACGCCAAUUCUACGAUUCUCACCGGUCGCAGAUCCUCUUCUCGAAUCCGACCUCGUCCAAGCCCACUUCCUCGUUCUUCGACCUCGACCUCUUCUCCUUCUUCUCUACGUCCGCCUUCUCCGGCUUCGGCCACACCGGGAAGGGCUUCUUCAAGGUCUACGGGGAUGUUUUCGGUAAAAUCUACGACCAAGAACUGUUCUUUGUGAAGGAGUUAGGGCUGGAUGAGGACUUGGUCCGGCCUGCGCCCUUGAUUGGGGAUCUGGAGAGUCCCUACUCCCAGGUCACUGCUUUCUACAGUUAUUGGUUAGGGUUCUGCACUGUUUUGGAUUUCGGAUGGGUGGAUGAGUACGAUACUUCGUUGGGGGUGAAUCGGAGGUCGAGGAGGGCAAUGGAGGAGGAGAAUAAGAAGAAGAGGAAGAAGGCCAGGAGAGAAUAUAAUGAUUUGGUUCGGGAUUUGGCAGCAUUUGUGAAGAAGAGGGAUAAGAGGGUGAGAGAUAUGCAGGUGAAGAGAAGCUUAGAGGAGGAGAAGAGGAGAGAAGAGGAGAAAAAGAGAAGGGAGGAGGAGGAGAGGAGGAAAAUGGAGAGGGCAAGGAUGUACAAAGAGCAGGAGUGGGCAAAGAUUGAUGAUGAGGAAGAGACUGUAAUUUUUUAUGAGAUGAUGGGUGCUGCUGAGAAUGACGAUAAGGGAAAGAAAAAGGAGGAAUUUUAUUGUGUGGUUUGUAAUAAGAAGUUCAAGUCGGAUAAGCAGUGGAAGAAUCAUGAGCAGUCCAAGAAGCACAGGGAAAGGGUUGCUGAGCUGAAAGUUUCAUUUCAGGAGGAAGAGGAAGAAGAAGAAGAAGUAGGUUUUGGAUCAGUAUGUGUUGGUGAAGAUCAGGAGACGGACUGUGGAAAUGUGGUAUAUGAGUUAACUGAGGAAUUCAAGGAGGACUUAGACUUGGAGGAGGGGGAAGUUCAGGAUGGAGAUUCAGAGGAUGAAGCAUUGGGUUCGGAUGACGAAGAGAGCAUCUUAGAGGCAAUGGUUUCAGGGCGUACGUGUAACAAGGGUCCUCACUUGGAUCGUGAUGAUUCAUUAAGCAAUCCAAGUGAUUAUCUUAACCAUAACGAAGAGAUCUUCACGGGAAGUGGUUCAUGGAAAGGUAGGAAACAUAGACCUGCAAGGAGACGAAGUGAGGCUUAUGGCAAUGGUGAAGAACUUUUGAAAGAAGAGACGAGUGAAAAUAAGACGGGUGAGAUUGAUCAUCAGGAUCAGGAAGAUGUUGAGGAACCAAAGGAAGGAGAAAUUCUAACUGAAGGUGGAAAUGCCAAGGAGCAAACCGAGGAGACUUCCCUUUCUGAAGGGGUUGUUGCAAAAGGCAAUGGAAAUCGAGCCACAGGAAAGAAGAACAAAAAGCAACAAGUGGAUGCUAGAGGGCCUUCAAAGAAAGAUGCUAAAGUCUCAAAGAGCUCGUCAAAAGGGAAAAAACAGAAGGCGAGCACAAAAGCACCGAGUAAUGCAUGCGAUAUGUGUGGUGAGAAUUUCGACACAAGGAAUAAGUUAUUUGCACAUUUGGGUGCUACAGGCCAUGCCACGUUAAAAUCAAGAUAAAGUAUAGUUCAUUAGCAACAUACAGUAAUUGUCAAUUUUGUAGAGGUCAUUCUGCUUUGAUGACUGCUUAAGGAUUCCAUGCUGAACAAUUUUGCAAGUGGAAAGUGCCCAUCCUUUUCAGAGAAUUCUGUACAGGCAGCGAGAUGGGAUCAAAGGUCCCAACUUUUGACGAGGGUGAUCAGGGAUAUCAUACGCUUGAUAGGAUAAAGAACAAACAGUAGAGUGGGAAGAAGGGGGAAAAAACUCGAACUGAAUUUAAGAUGGACAAUGAUUUUUUUUUAAAUUUUUUCCUUUUUGUAAUUGUGUUGUAAUAUGUUUGAUGUUUCUGAUAUCCUCAAGCAAAUUACUCCAACAUCAGAUUAUGGAAAUAACCGGAGGUUAUAAAGGUUUCCAGACAUUCUGUACCUUUUACAUUGUUGCCUUCUUUUGAGUGUAAAGUUACCAAUUUUGCGUUA